GGGCUACGCUGGGUUAUUGACGUUGAGGCCCAUUCAGGGAGAGGCGGGGCCAAGGCCGGGGCCUGACUAAACCUGGAGACUCCGGUAGCCGAGGGGCUUCAUCCCAGCUGAGGAUCGGAGAACCGCAGGCUGCCACGGACCUCACAGCCGCUAGGGGUUUUUAGAACUUCAACUAUAAAAAUGGGCAGAAUUUUCCUUGAUCAUAUUGGUGGUACCCGUCUGUUUUCUUGUGCAAACUGUGAUACGAUUCUGACCAACCGCUCAGAACUCAUCUCUACUCGGUUCACAGGCGCCACUGGCAGAGCAUUUCUUUUUAACAAGGUAGUUAACCUGCAGUACAGUGAAGUUCAAGACCGGGUCAUGCUCACUGGCCGCCACAUGGUUCGAGACGUGAGCUGCAAAAACUGCAAUAGCAAACUGGGAUGGAUCUAUGAGUUUGCCACUGAAGACAGCCAGCGUUACAAGGAAGGCCGUGUGAUCCUGGAACGCGCUCUGGUCCGGGAGAGUGAGGGCUUUGAGGAGCAUGUACCAUCUGAUAACUCUUGAAGAAUAAGAGAUAACUCCAUCUUUUCCCAGGUCUCCUUCACUGAAAACAAAAAUCUACUUACAUACACUGUCACCUUAGCAUCAGAGUCGGAUUCAUGAACUGCGGAACAAGAGGUUGUGAGCAUCUAAGAUGGAACCUUUCUUUCUUUCUUUUUUAAAAUUUUCUAUUUUCCAUCCAACAGCAGUGUGUAGAGAGAAUAUUAUGCAGAUGCCGUUAAUUUUUUUUCCCUAUGUUUACAUUGUGAGGCAGAAUAGUCUAUCUGCAGCUACAUGGUGGCUAUGUGAGGAAAAAAAUCUGGGCUAUUAGAGUGAAAAAGUGUGUUUUAUGUACAUUUUGAAGGGAAAAUGUGUCAAGAGCAUGGUUUUUAAACUUAUUUGGGCUUCAUUUUAAAACUUUUUUUUUUUUAAACCCAGUUAUUUCACUUGAUUUGCUGGCCUCAGAGAAGAGAUCCGAAUUUGUGACCAGAGCUAAAGGUUCAGUGUCAGUAUGGCUUGUGCUGGCCAUUGUGCCAUAUUCUUGUUGGAGAUGAACCGUAGCACCAGAGCUCAUUCUUCCUUGUCAGCCCUGACCCAGAGAUGUCACCAUUCCUAGUUAUCUGUCACCACAUAAUUGGUGUUGAUUGGAAACGUCCUGAAAUGGGGCAGAACUGCUUGGUUGUCUUUUCCAUGUAACUUAAGCAUAGUAAUAUAAAUAAAGUAAUAGUUGGAUGUUU